AUGGCGCAACUCGAAGACCUAGCGCAAGCCAGACGACUGGAAUACUAUAGAAAUCGGCAGGAGGCCGCUAAGGGUUUCGACGACGACCUCGAAUUUUGUCCUUCUUUAUCGGCAGAGGAGUUGGCAGAAAUACGACGCCAAGUUUCUCAGCUAGUCUCACAGGGAUGUGUGAAAACCAGCAUUACUCCUCCACAACCAAAACACGUCAUUCCAAUUAUUGACCCGACAAACAAAACUCCUCUCAAUAUCAAUCCCAUAAAGUCAACGGUUACCACUCCUUCGACAGUCGCAUCGGUUUUAGCAUCGCCUUUUUUCACUAGGCCUGGUUCUCCGCUUUCUUACAAUGGUUACUCGCCAACCUUAGCGUACCAUUCCCUGGCUGCUUCGGGAGAGAUGACAAUGACCCCGAAAGUAACAAAAUCAAUACCAAUCGUUGACCCUAAUAGCGGCAAUAUUGUGAAUAUGCCUUCUAACGGCGGCUCGAACAAUAAUAGUGGUAACGGGUCUGCUUUUGGAGGAUUCUACAGUGAUAUUUCUGUGCGAUGA